GGUCGGUGCUGGGCCCGGUUCUCGUUGCUAGGGGAGGAGGAUGGCGACGGCAUCGGCGGCUCCUCCAUGGAGACGGGGCUGAGCCGGGACCCUGCAGCUGGAGACGCGGAGACUCCCCCUAGCCGUGCCCUCAAUGGGGGCCCCUUAGCCCUCGGGGUAACCGGCUGACACGGGCGGAGGCAGCGGCCGCUCCCCUGCCCCAGGCCUCAGCAUCCUACUAGGCGCUGCCCGCGGGCCCCUCCCGCCCAGCCUCCAGCGACUCCCAGCUCCCCCUCCCCACAGCUUCCUCAUCCUCAGCCCCUCCCCUGCCCCGCACCCUCUCCCCACCUUCAACCUGCCCUGCUCCCCCCUCACCUCCCUGCACCGCAGCCCAGAACCCAGCGAGCCCGCCCUGCACCGACCGUCCCCGGGACAGACCAGACGAGCCCCCCGCCCCCGAAGAGGACGGGGGAAAAGAUCUAUCUGUGUAGUGGGAAACAGAGAGAGAGGCCCGGGUCUGACUGGUGAACAUUAAAGAGCAGAGCAGAACAGCCCCCAAACACAGUGUCCAUCUCUCCCAGAAGAUACACGCAAAGCAGAGUUAUGUAACAUGCACCACGGCUCCUCAUGCACGCAGGGAAACAGUUGGAGGCUGCAUGACAUUUUCAUAGCUUUCUUAACAAUCUAAGUAGGGGAAAUCCAACUCUUUUCUGCAGAAAAAGGGGAAGAGAAGGGCUUAUACUGAGGCCAAGCAGCUGCGCCUGUGUUUGGGGAAACUGGACUCAUUUCAUGGCUUGCUUUUUAAUUCCACUGAUACUGCAGCAUUUCUGAAAAUUAACCUUUUGUGAAGCUCUGCUCCAAGCCCUCUCUGCUCCUCCUUCAUGAGGCGGCUGCUUUGCAAGGAAAGAAAUGGCAUGAAGUAAAUGGCUCCAGAAUAAAGCAAUCUGCUCUACCAAAGUGCCCAGUGAGCAGCACUGUCACUUUAAUAAUUCCAUUUCAAGGGAUUGCUUUCCUCCUUUUCAAUCCUCUCUUUUAAUACAUGGGAGGAUCAGAGGGACAUUAAAGACCAUAAGGCUGGGUGGAGAGAAUAAAAAUGAAAGGGACUGAGGAGUGACUUCUGUUGGGUAAGAGUGUGAGAUUUGAAAACAUUUGUGCAGUGAGGAAAAAAGGAACCUUUUUAGUCUGCUGUGUAUACAUCCAGUACAGCUAUACAUAACUAGCAAAUUCACCCAAGUUCCAGUGAAAGGAGUUCAUACAAUUAUUUUGGAUUGCUUUUGUUUUCCCCCAGAAAUUUAUUUGGAUUAUUUGGGAAUUUUUGUCCUGAAACUCAAAUGUCUUUGAACUUGUUCAGGUGGAAUAUUAAGACAGUUGCCUAGAGAUGGACUGUGCCUUAAUUGUCUUACAUAAAGUUGUUUAACUGACAAACUUUUGCUGCCAAAAGAGGAGUUAUAAUAGGGUUUUAUAUGCCAAGGAGCAUUUUCUCUUGCAUUUUUAUAGAUUCAAAAAUAUUUUACAAAAAUUGAAAACCACUCUUUCAAAAUUCUUCUUUUUUCUUCUUUUUUUUCUUAUUCCGUGGGAGGCACUGGAAGUUUAACUGGAGAAAAUAGUCAGUACUGCUAGAAAAAGAAGACUGAAGCUGUAUUUCCUAACUGAACUGUUUAAGUGAUUUGAACAAAUACUUAGUUCCUGAGCUCAGAAGGCGAUCCCCAGUGGGACAUCAUUGAUACCAGUAAAUAAGUACUUGUGUCCAGUACCAGAAGUAAGACCAAGAAUGCCAGUCAAGAAGAAAGAUACCGAUCGAGCUUUAGCACUUCUAGAAGAAUAUUGUAAAAAGCUAAAGAAGCCGGAAGAACAACAACUGAAAAAAGCCAUUAAAAAAGUGAUGGGCAUCUUUAAGAGCAGCUUAUUUCAGGCACUAAUAGAUAUUCAAGAGUUUUAUGAAGUGACAUUGCUAAACUCCCAAAAAAGCUGUGAGCAAAAAACAGAAGAAGCAAAUCAAGUUGCAGAGAAAUGGGAGAAGACAAAAUCUUCUGCCACAGGCCAUGCGAGUCUACAGAAAAACCAAGAGUCUGUGGUUUCCGAUGGGUCAGAUGGAUCCGUAUUAUGUGAUGAACACAAUAAGGAGAAUCAGUCUUUUGAAAAUCAUUCUGUAGACACGACGACAAAGAAGUAUCGCUAUCAAGAUGAGGAUGCCCUGCAUGAUCAUACCUUACCUCGUUUAACCCAUGAAGUGAGAGGUCCAGAACUUGUUCAUGUGUCAGAAAAGAACUUAUCUCAGAUAGAAAACAUCCAUGGAUACGUCCUGCAAUCACACAUCUCUCCUUUGAAGGCUAGUCCCGCCCCUAUAAUUGUCAACACAGACACCUUGGACACAAUUCCCUAUGUCAAUGGAACAGAAAUCGAAUAUGAAUUUGAAGAAAUUACAUUGGAGAGGGGUAAUUCUGGCCUGGGGUUCAGUAUUGCUGGAGGAACAGACAACCCUCAUAUUGGGGACGAUCCUGGGAUAUUUAUUACUAAGAUUAUACCAGGAGGAGCUGCAGCAGAGGAUGGAAGACUCAGGGUCAAUGAUUGUAUCUUGCGGGUGAAUGAGGCUGAUGUAUCAGAGGUCUCUCACAGCAAAGCAGUAGAGGCACUAAAAGAGGCUGGUUCUAUUGUGCGAUUGUAUGUUCGUCGAAGGAGACCUAUUCUGGAGACGGUUGUAGAAAUCAAAUUGUUCAAAGGCCCUAAAGGUCUGGGCUUCAGUAUUGCAGGAGGGGUGGGAAACCAACACAUUGCUGGAGACAACAGCAUUUAUGUUACUAAGAUUAUUGAUGGAGGAGCAGCACAAAAAGAUGGAAGGUUGCAAGUUGGAGACAGACUUCUUAUGGUAAAUAAUUACAGUUUAGAAGAAGUAACUCAUGAAGAGGCAGUAGCAAUAUUGAAGAACACAUCGGAUGUAGUUUAUCUAAAAGUUGGAAAGCCCACUACCAUUUACAUGACUGACCCUUAUGGCCCACCAGAUAUUACUCACUCUUAUUCUCCACCAAUGGAAAAUCAUAUACUCACUUCUGGCAACAAUGGCACUUUAGAGUACAAGGCGUCUUUGGCUCCUAUCUCACCAGGAAGAUACUCACCGAUUCCAAAGCACAUGCUUGUAGAGGACGACUAUACCAGGCCUCCUGAACCUGUUUACAGCACUGUGAACAAACUGUGUGAUAAACCACCUUCUCCUAGGCACUAUUCCCCUGUCGAGUGUGACAAAAGCUUCCUUCUUACAGCUCCCUAUCCCCACUACCACAUAGGCCUGCUCCCUGACUCUGAGAUCACAAGUCAUUCCCAGCACAGCACUGCAACGCGUCCACCCACAAUGAGCUUACAACGAACCAUUUCUCUGGAAGGAGAGCCUCGGAAAGUCAUCCUUCACAAAGGCUCCACAGGACUUGGUUUUAACAUUGUGGGAGGAGAAGAUGGGGAAGGCAUUUUCAUAUCCUUCAUCCUAGCAGGUGGUCCAGCGGAUCUCAGUGGAGAGCUGCAGAGAGGAGAUCAACUUUUAUCUGUGAAUGGCAUUGAUCUUCGCGGUGCUACCCAUGAGCAGGCUGCAGCUGCACUGAAAGGAGCAGGGCAGAUAGUAACAAUCGUAGCACAAUACCAGCCGGAAGAGUACGCUCGAUUUGAGGCAAAAAUCCAUGACCUACGCGAGCAGAUGAUGAACCACAGCAUGAGUUCUGGGUCUGGCUCCCUGAGAACCAAUCAGAAGCGGUCACUCUACGUCAGAGCUAUGUUUGACUAUGACAAAAGCAAAGACAGUGGCCUCCCAAGUCAAGGACUCAGUUUCAAAUUCGGAGACAUCCUCCACGUUAUCAACGCCUCUGAUGAUGAGUGGUGGCAGGCGAGGAGGGUCACUCAGGAAGGAGACAGCGAGGAGAUGGGAGUUAUACCCAGCAAAAGGAGGGUUGAAAGAAAGGAGCGUGCACGUUUGAAGACUGUGAAGUUUAAUGCGAAACCUGGUGUGAUUGAUGCAAAAGGGUCAUUCAAUGACAAGCGUAAAAAGAACUUCAUCUUUUCACGAAAAUUCCCAUUCUACAAGAACAAGGAGCAGAGUGAGCAGGAAACAAGUGAUCCAGAACAACAUGUUUCCUCUAAUGCCAGCGAUAGCGAAAGUAGCUACAGGGGACAGGAAGACUGCAUCCUAUCCUAUGAACCUGUCACAAGACAGGAAAUUAAUUACACCAGACCUGUUAUUAUUUUGGGUCCUAUAAAAGAUCGGCUCAAUGAUGAUUUGAUAUCUGAAUUCCCUGAUAAGUUUGGAUCAUGUGUACCACAUACCACAAGACCGAAGCGUGACUAUGAAGUGGAUGGGAGAGAUUAUCAUUUUGUCACUUCAAGGGAACAAAUGGAAAAGGAUAUCCAGGAGCACAAAUUUAUAGAAGCUGGGCAGUACAAUGAUAAUUUAUAUGGGACUAGUGUGCAGUCUGUGAGAUUCGUAGCAGAACGGGGCAAGCACUGUAUACUUGAUGUAUCAGGAAAUGCUAUUAAACGGUUACAAGCUGCACAACUCUACCCCAUUGCUAUCUUCAUUAAACCUAAAUCAUUGGAGCCACUAAUGGAAAUGAAUAAACGUCUUACAGAGGAACAAGCCAAGAAAACCUACGAGCGAGCACUUAAAUUAGAACAAGAAUUUGGAGAAUAUUUUACAGCUAUUGUCCAAGGAGAAAGCUUAGAAGAAAUAUAUAAUCAAUGCAAACUUGUAAUUGAAGAACAAUCUGGGCCUUUCAUCUGGAUUCCUUCAAAGGAAAAGUUAUAAAUUAGCCACUGCACCUCUGAUUAUGACGGAAGAAUAUUUAGAAGAAAACUACACUAUGCUAUUUUGAGGCUUUCCUGUUUUUGUUGCAUUUAUGUUCUUGCAGUCAAUGUGAAUUUUUAUGAAUGUACAACACAAAGUGUUUGAAGCCAUGAAGGACAGUGAUGGGUCAAAAGGGUAGGAACAGAAAGACGUUUACCAUACAAAGCAAAUCUGUUGUGUGCGCAAAAGACCAGUUGUAGGUAUAAACUUUUGACAUGGGGACCCUCUGCCAAAGGGAGCUAGCCACCUACUGCACCCACAUGGACAUCGUGAAUGAUUUCAGUGGCUGAGCUCAGCGUGUUGAUCGGUUUAAAGAGAAGUUUCCCAGCUCCUGAACCUUGUGUAGGGCUUGAGCCUGCAAGGGGCUGAACACCUGACCCCGGUUCAUACACCUGUGGGUAGUCCCAUUGAAGUCAGUGGGACUAAGCAUGUGCUUAAGUGUUUUGGUGGAUCAGGGCCACAUGCACCUUGCUGGAUUGAGCCCAUAGAACCUGUUCCAACUCCUAUUGAAGUUAAUGGAAAGAUUCCCAUUGACGUUGGAUUGGGUGCUAAGCUUGUCAUUGCACAUCAGUAGUUGGUACACCUUGACUUUGGUAACUAUGCACAUGUUUUGAUUUCCAAAACCAAGUCAAGCAUUUCUUUUUCCCCUUUGGACACACUAUUAUAUCAGGAAAUAACCCCCUGUAGUUUAUUUCAAUGGAAUUUGGUGUUGGGAAGAGAACAGAAGCAUUUCACGUCACACACAUACCCACUCACACGUGUGAGGAUUCACAGUACCUAAACUGACAAGGAGGGAUACAACUGGGAAAAGCUUUAAAAUUUUGGAUUGUCUAUUUUAUCAUUUAUACUGAUAGAAGGCACUUAAUGAUGGAAUAAUUUAUAAAAAUUAAAAUAUAUUGAUGUAUAGAAACUAAUUUCUAUAGGUGAAAAAUGUUUUGUGAGAUAUUUUGUAAAAAUUAAUUAAUUGAAAGAUUAAAUAUUUGCUCCCUGGUCUGGCUGUAAAAUGUAAAGAGGACCUUCAAGUUGCACUAUCCCUUUUUGCAACAAAUUAUCUAAUAAUAUUAUCAAACCAUAUAAUUUCUUAAAUUUUAGAUGGCAAUUUGCUUUUUUUUUCCAACUUAAUCCUUCUCUUUCCUGUUAUUUAAUCAUGAUAAAUUCCUGUGGAAAGAAUUCAAAUUGACUCCCUACAGGGUUUUUUUGUUGUUAUUGUUUUGGAAAUACUAGGAUGAUGCAUCUUUAAAUUGAAACAGAUGAUUUUUCAGAGGCAAAAUCUCAGUGACUUGAAUGCAGUAUAUUAUUUUCUCUCUUGAAGGGAGCCAUAAUCUUCACUGGAAAACAUUUUAUAAUCAUUCCUUAUGCUGUAAGUGAAAUGCCAGAAGCAUUUAGUCCUUUUUGCCGGCAAGCCACCGACUAACUUGUGUCAUCAUUUCAUUUCACAGUCAACAGGGGUUUUCACCAGACUGGGGCAAUGGACAUUUGUGGAGAAUUUGUGGGAAAUCUGUGGCUUUUCAGCUUGGGGUAUAUGGGCGGGGGUGGGAAGUUCUUGCUUGCUGUUUCACUUGGCCCUUAUUUCAUAUACUGAUACAGAUUUCGCUGUACCACAUCUGGAGGAUAGUUACAAAUAGAUGAACUGCCUUUGCUGCUGCUGCUGGACCACGUUUUAUAGAAAACCCACAAAAUACUGCAGGAGUCCAACACUUUUUAGCUGGUGGCUACUUCGAUCCUAAUGUGUAAUGACAUUUUAAGGGCAAACUUUUCAGUUACCGAGUUACCGAUAGAAUAUUCAAUUACUUGUCUAUUUAAAACUUUCAGACUUAUAUGUCUAUGCUGUCCUGACAGGUACAUGCAGCCACUCUCGGUAAAUAGGUUGAUUAGCUGGAUGUUUAUAAGACAGCCAUCAGCAGUGACAGGGUUAACAAUAUGGGUAAUGUAGCGAUCAUUAGGCCUCAUGGUUAACACAGUAUUAAAAUGGAUGUGAGAAGUUCAUGCUUCCUUUAUUGUUAUUUUUUUUCUGCCUGGCCAGCACAGAUUCAAAGACAGAAUACCAGUAGAGUUUCUAAACUAUCUCCAUCAUCAGAAGGGCUAGACAUUAAAAAGAAAGAAAGAAAGCUUAGAUUCUGGAUAAUUAUGCAGAAAUCCACAGGAAGGUCCUAGAUCCCUGGAAGUCAUGGAUUUUUCCAUGCUGACAAAGUACUAUUGUCUCAGGUCCGGCCCAGGCCCACCUGAACUGACAACCAAGUAUCCUAAAGCAGGAACUCCAUUCUAAUUUUCAACUCCGUUUUUAAGCAACCACAUCUGCUUCUUUGUUUCUUAGUUCAGCAUGCGACCUUUUACGAUACUAUCCUAUUAGUAAAUGUUCUGUUUUGUCAUGUGCUGUGCUUUAUGGUGAACAGUAACACUAUGGCUGAGUACAAUCAAUUUUUCCAUCAGUCUUUGGUUACUGUAGUACAUUAUUUAUUUUUUCCUGUCUGUUGUUUGUGCUUCCAAUUUAGAGUUGCCAUUGCACUUCUUAUAUUUUUUAAAUAAAACAUAUAUAUAUUUAAAAAAAAAUCACCACCAGCAGCAAUGAGAGGUCUUAUUUCCUGUAGGGUUUAUACCUCCAUUUGUUUUUGUGUCUUGAUGUUUUGCGUUUCAUGUUACAGCAUACUUAGUGCUGCGGUUCAUUUUUUUUUAAUGCAGCCAUUCAAAGUUGCAUUGGGUGGCAGGGAGAAAAGAAAUAUGAAGUUAACUCAGUUACAUCUGGUGCAAAAAAAAACAACCUCACUUUGGCGCCUCAGACCACAUUGGUGCUAAUACCAGUAAACAUUAGCAGAUCUCUCUCUGUCUAUAUAAAAAACUUGCAGGUGUCUACGAGACAACAUGCAAAGGCUGGACCCUUAGGAAAAGUGCCAGAUCACAUCACUGGUGCUAUUUCUCAUGUUCUGGCACAAUGUGUAGCACCACAGGGUCUAAGUUGAACCAAAAAUAUCAUGGCUUAUUGUCCAUCCAUGAACGAUCACACUGACAUCUUGCUGUCUUUGUACAGAUGUGCAAUAGUUCAACCUAUUUAUUUCUCCUCCCCAAAAAUCAUCUUCCGUGCACUGGCCUCUCUUAGUACUUGCUACUGGGGCUCAAUGAACUUACACUCCAGUGGUCUAACUACCCAAUGCAAGAGCCUCUCUUUCUACCUUAAUUCCCCAUUUUUGCCAGGUAAAGAGGCCCCUUGUCUACACUAGCACUUUGUAACCUCUUAUAUUAAAGGCGCUCUCGAAAAUAAAUACUAUGUAAUGCAACUGUGUUAGUAGCUAGCAUGGUUUGAUGAGCCAGUGUGACUAGGGCCCUACAAGUCAGUCCCGUGAAAGAAAAGUCAGGGUUAAAUCUCUCCCUUGCACUGGAAUUUCAAAUCCUCACUCUGGAAAGCACGGCUGAAUCUGAGCUAAUAAUAAUUAUGAGCCAUCUCUAACUGUGUGUCCUAGUGACCUAGUUAGUGAACACCUUCUCAGCUAGUUGUAUUAUUUUUCUAUGGAGAGUUUGAUGGUGUGCUACACUUUCAUCAUUACAAACGCUUAGCAAAAUUCAGUCAAGUGAAAGGGGGGGUGGGUGGGGG